AUGAGCGAUAGUACCAACCAGUCUCCGACACAAGGGAAAGAGGAAAUUGGGCAUUCGGACUCACACUCGAACUACUCCACUGCCGAUUCUCUAGUCGGGCUAGAAGACGCUGUGUCUCCCGACAUUCUCUCUGACGAGGACCCUCUCUCAGGCCAUGCAAACGCAGGUGAAGCGGGUGCUCAGGAAAUGGUGACGGGCGGUGUGAAAACCCCGACGACAGACUGGAAAAAGCAAAAAGAGGCCGAGGAAGAGCCAACGUUCGAUAUUCGCAAAGACGCAUGGCCUUUAGUGCUCCGUCUUGUGCGGGUCAACAUCACGCUUCUCACGGUCUUUCUUGGCUUGUUAUCCAUCUACUGGGGUGCCUUAUACAAGCGUGAAAACCGUGUGCGCAACAUGCCGAUGCUUGUGGUUAUAGAGGACGAGAGCUUUGUGUUGACAAACGGGACACGGGCAGAUGCGGUUUUGGGCCCAGCACUCCAGAAUCUUUUGGAGGGUCUGAAGCAGUAUGGCCGUUUUGAGAAAGCAAAUUUGACGGCUCUCCGCAUCGAAGCUGAGCGGACCAAUACCACUAUUUUGGGCAGGACGAUUCACUACGUGCAUCACCAAAAGUAUUGGGCUGCACUUUAUGUCAACGCCACGGCAACCCAGACAGUGUAUGACAUGCUAGCCAAGAACACCACUGCACAACCGCAGUAUCUUAUACUGGCAGUGUACGAGUCAGGACGGCACUACCUGGCCUUAGCGCAAUACGUGACGAAAAACUUGCACUCGAUGGGCUCACAGUGGCUCCAGUUCGAGGCGGGAAAAGCUUAUUCUAGCUUAAUACAAUACUACCUCACCGAGAAGGAGCGACAGGCGCUUUUGAAAACCAUAGCUCAAAGCAUACCUAUACCUCUUCCGAAUUUCAAUUUGGUUGAUGAGCGGCCCUCGCGGUCAGCAGCAGUGCUUGGCCCCUCGGAGUUGGGUUUGGUAUACGCCCAGAUUUUCUCAUUCCACCAAUUCAAUUUCUCAAACGACUUGCAUACAUCUAUCAGCACACAACUUCGCUUCCGCCACUACUUGUGGUAUCGUGUGCUCUUCUCUCAAAUCAACCAUUUGGUACUCAGUCUAGUUUAUGGCCUCAUGACGUUGGCAUUCCAGGUGCCUGUCACCCCAGCGUACGGCCACAGCGGUUUCCUCGUUCUAUGGAUGACUAUGUUCUUGUUCAUCAGUGCCAGUGGAGGACUCAACGAAGCCGGUGUCACAUGCAUUUUGGUCUGGGGUUCUAAAGCCUUGUUGGCCCCGUGGAUGAUUUUUAAUAUUGUCAUCAAUAUUUCACCCACAUUUGCCCCAUUGGUUCUUUCUCCCGGUUUCUAUCGUUAUGGAUAUGCAAUGCCUAUGUUCAAUGCUUACGAAGCAUUGCGUGUUGUAUUUUUCAACACUUGGAAAGGGACUUUGGGCCGCAACUAUGGUAUUCUCGCUGCUUGGAUUGUCGUGACCAAUAUCCUCUUGUGCUACAUUUUGAAGAUCGUCAACGACCGGAGGAAAAAAGAAAUUGAGGCUAGGCAACUAAAGAGAGAGAAAACUCGGCGUGCAAAAUUGUUGCACAGGAAGAAAAAGAAGGAAAAGGAAUCACUGGCCGUGUAA